AUGGGCCUCGACCGGUUCAACAAGACACCUUGCGGAUUUUGCUUCGUCGAGUACUAUACCCACCAAGACGCCCUUGACUGCUUGAAAUAUGUUGGAGGUACAAAGCUAGACGAGAGAAUCAUUAGGACGGAUCUUGAUCCUGGCUUCGAGGAAGGCCGACAAUACGGACGCGGUAAGUCCGGUGGUCAAGUCCGUGACGAAUACCGAGAAGAGUAUGAUCCCGGUCGUGGCGGUUACGGACGAGCAUACGCGGAUGAUCAACGACAACGCGAAGAAGAUGAGUACGGAGCCGGUAGGUAA